AUGGUUGUGGUGCUGUCGAGGGCUACCCGUGCCCUCAACGCCAACCUCAACAGCGCCGGCAUCGAGAAGAAUAUCGCGAAUCUGUUCUGUCAUGAGGCUUCGGAGCGGAUCGUCGAUAGUCUGAGUGGUCUUCGGGCGACACAACGGCUGAAGAACUACUCGACUAUGAAGUCCAUCGCAGAGGAGGUGCUCUCCAACGGGGGUGUCGUUCAGAACCACCCCCUCGACUGAACCCACACUCGCUCUCAUAUAUUGUUUUAUUUUUAAAUUACUUUUUCUUUUAUUUAUUUCUGAAACUAUUUUCUACGGAAAACAUUAAC